AUGUCGCUUAAUGACAAGCCUCCUUUUGUUAUGUUGGAAACGAGUAUGGGCAAAAUCUGCCUAGAAUUGUACUGGGAUCAUGCUCCAAAGACAUGCAGAAACUUUAGCGAAUUGGCUAGAAGAGGAUACUAUAACGGCACCAUGUUUCACAGGAUAAUUGCUGAUUUUAUGAUUCAAGGAGGCGAUCCUACGGGAACCGGAAGAGGCGGAGCUUCAAUCUAUGGUGACAGAUUUGCUGACGAAAUCUCCGAGAAGCUUAAGCAUACCGGAGCCGGGAUUCUAUCUAUGGCUAACGCUGGGCCGAACACCAAUGGAUCACAAUUCUUCAUUACACUUGCUCCCACUCAGCAUUUGGAUGGGAAGCAUACAAUUUUUGGCCGAGUUGCAGCUGGUAUGAAGGUCGUUCAAAAUAUGGGAAAGGUCGACACCGACAAUCAAGACCGACCACGUGCAGAAGUACGGAAACCGACUCUUUUGUACUUCUUAAUACUCAAGUUUUUCUUUCUUCUUCAUUCGUCUUCCACAAGUCAUUUUUGUCCAUGA